UGCAAUCCAUUUUUUGGUAUUUGCACCUCUUGCUUUUUCUGAGGUUUUAGAUCAAGAAGCGCCAUGAGCACAACUCAACGGAAGCGCCGUGGAGGAGCAGAUAAUUCUAGGCGAGCUCGGAAACGGAACAGGCUGAUGGCUUCUUCUUCUGCAGGAAGGGUUUCAGAAGCAGAGCCAAUAGAACUUGAGGAGAGUGCUGUUGAAGAAGUAGUAGAUCUCACGGGUGAAUCUUCGGAUCCUGUAGUCGUUGAUCUAACUCGCAAUCAUUCUGUUGUGAUUGUUGAAGAGACUCAACGACGAAGGAGAAAUCCCAGACUGAGAGGCCAGCGACAGCCAGACAUCUGUAUAGUGAUUAGCGAUGAGGAAGAUGAACCAAGAAAUAAUGAUGUGUAUGUAACAGAGACAGUGUCUUUUUGAAGUCUAAUUUUUGAUAGACAACUUGCAUCUCUAGAAGAGAACUCAUUCAGCACAAGGCCGUCUGGUACCGUUAGCUGUCCGAUUUGCAGGGAUGGCUACUCAAAGAUUGUGCAAAGUGGACGACUGAUUGCGUCAACCAAAUGCGGCCACGUCUUCUGCAGUCAGUGCCUCCGUGAGGCCCUGAGGAAUGCCAACUUUUGCCCAAUGUGCAGGAAGGCACUCACUCACACAGAGUGUCAUCCCAUUUAUAUCUGA